CGAGGCAACUGCUUCGUUUGUGCGGUUCCCUCUUCUUCCUGACAUUUUGGCAAAUUUUUUUUGCAAAAUCUUACUCUCCCUUUCUCUGGGUCUCUUUGGGUCUCGGUCUCGGUCUCGGUCCUAUUAAAUUUCCACUUCAACUACUUUGCUUUUUUCUGCCAUGUCUACGCCGUCUCUACUGUUGCAGCACCACACCACUAAAUAACUGAAAUCUUAUACCCUGAUCACGGGGAUGCUUUUCUUUCAGAGUUUUGAGUUGGUUGGAAUGGGUUAAUAUAUUUGGAGGCCUGCUAGGUUGCUAAGGAACCGUUCUUGGAUUUGUGAUUUGUUCAUCAUUAUUUCUCGUGUUUGCCUGGAGUUGGAAUAAAUAGCUUAUCUUCGGGCAUAUGGCAGAAGACAGUCCAAGGAUUGGUGGGCUUUCUUCUGGAUUGGCUGUUAUUUUAAAUGAUAAUGAUAACCGAGGGAGUUCAUCCAAAGGUAGGUGUUUUUCAUAUUGUGAUGAAUUCAAUCAUCAAUCCGUGGAGCGGACACUUGAAUAUGUAUUUGGUCUCCCCAACAAGUCCAUUAAUCCUCUGACUAGUCCAGUUGAUACGGCAUUUAUACGCUCUAUAAUAAAGAAUAAGUUUUCAGAACUUGCUCGCCCAAUUGCCCACCACGGUGUGGGAAAUGGUAUAUGUAUUGUUGAUAAUGGCUUGGGAUCUAAUGUAGUCUGUAUUGAGAAAGUCAGCAUCUGUGGUGAUAUUAGGAUAGUUAAGCCGCCAUUACUUGUGGAAAGUUUUUCGAUGUUCAGCAGUGCUAGGGCUAAUGCUUGUGUCUGGAGUGGAAAAUGGAUGUACGAAGUUAUUUUAGAAACUUCAGGUAUACAACAGCUUGGGUGGGCAACCCUUGCUUGCCCCUUCACUGACCAUGAGGGUGUUGGUGAUGCAGAUGAUUCCUAUGCUUUUGAUGGCAGAAGAGUUCGCAAAUGGAACAAGGAGGCUGAGAGGUAUGGUCAGUCUUGGGUUGUUGGUGAUGUCAUUGGAUGUUGUAUUGACUUGGAUAGAAAUGAAAUCUCGUUCUAUAGGAAUGGCAUCUCACUUGGGGUUGCAUUUUCUGGGGUUCGCAAAAUGGGUCCUGGUAUUGGAUAUUAUCCAGCAAUAUCUCUAUCUCAAGGUGAGAGAUGCGAAAUAAAUUUUGGUGCUCACCCUUUUAAAUAUCCUAUUGAUGGCUACUUGCCCCUUCAAGCACCCCCAUCGAUUAACGAUUUUGCUUCUCAUAUGCUGAAAUGCUUAUCAAGGAUUUUGGAAGAGAAACGCAUAGAAUGCCUUGAGAUUAACUCCGUUGAGAAACUGAGGAGAUUAAAAAGAUUUGUCUCAGUUGAAGAACUAUUUCGUCCUGUCUCUAUUGGGAUUUGUGAUGAAUUCUUCUCUGCACUUGAAGUUGAUGCAAAUGGUAUUGAGUAUAUUGGACGAGGUCCUUUUUUGGCAUUCAUGAUGGAAGUGUUUGGACAACAGCCACCACACAAUCACUCAAGCUUAGAUAGAAUUAUUGAUGUUCUUCUAAGAUGUCAAGGCUCUCUUGCAUUAUUUGAGCAUUUAAUAAAUGCCCUUUCUUGUAGCUGUAAAACAUCCCCACUAGUCCUAACUGAGUGCCCAUAUUCUGGAUCCUAUUCCUAUCUUGCAUUGGCUUGUCACAUGUUCAGACGAGAAGAAUUAUUGGUGCUUUGGUGGAAGUCAGUUGAUUUUGAAUUCCUCUUUGAAGGGUUUUUAUCACGGAAGAAUCCAAAUAAGCAGGAUCUUGAGUAUAUGAUGCCCUCGGUUUGGUGGCCUGGUUCACGUGAGGAUGUGUCAUACGAAAGUAGCAUGGAUUUAACUACAACAGCUCUAUCUGAAGCAAUAAAUGAGAUUGAGGAGAAGCACAGAGAUCUUUGCCGCCUUGUCAUUCAGUUCAUUCCACCCACAACAUCUCCCCAGUUGCCAGGUUCAGUAUUUAGAACAUUUUUGCAGAACCUAUUACUGAAGAACAGAGGAACUGAUCAUAAUGCAUCCCCUUCUGGAGUUUUAAGCAAUUCAAUUGUUGUUUCUCUAUAUGCUGUGAUACUUCACUUCUUGUCUGAAGGAUUUGGAAUGGGCAGUGUUUGUGACUGGUUGAGAAGUAAUGAAAAUGAUGGCCCUGAUACUGGUUUUCUUCAUCGAGGUGGGCAACGCACUUUCCCUGUAUAUUUGUUCUUUAAAGAUGAGUCCCAUCGAACUGUCACAGCUAGGCUUGGAGGUUCAUACAAUCAUAUAUCAAAAUUACAUCCUCAUGAUCAAGAAGUGGAAGUAAUUCAUUGGGAGGAAGGUUGCAUGGAUGACCAUGAGACCAGAGUAACUCAUUCCACCAGGCAGAAGCCGUGUUGCUGUUCAAGUUAUGAUGCUGAAGGCAUGAGGAGUUCAAAGGAUCCUAUUAAACAUGCUAUCAGAAACUGUCGUGGAAUUCCUAUGCACGAUAGAUCUGCUCAUGUUGCUAGUGAAUGUAGUGCUGGAAAUUUGAAUGAUGAAAUAACUGACAAACCAAGUUCAAGCGAACAAUCUGAUGCACAGUUUGGAUAUUGCCCAAUGCAGCACAUGAGAAUUGUGCCGAGAGAGACAAAUACAUCUUCAGCUACAUUAAGAGAAGAAGAACUUUUAGACUUCUUGCUUCUCUUUUAUCACAUGGGACUUGCACCAGAUUUUAAGCAGGCAUCACAUUACAUGUCACAUCAAUCUCAGUUAAUAGCUCUUCUUGAAGAAACUGAUAAACAGAUAAGAGAACGAGCUUGUAGGGAGCAAAUAAAGCGUCUAAAAGAAGCUCGUAGCACUUACAGAGAGGAGGUGAUUGACUGUGUCAGACGUUGUGCAUGGAAUCGCAUUUCUUUGUUUUCCCAGUGGAAGCAAAGAGGAAUGUAUGCAAUGUGCAUGUGGACUGUUCAGUUGCUUCUUGUUCUUAGCAAAAUGGACUCGAUGUUUAUUUAUGUCCCUGAGUUUUAUGUGGAAGCACUGGUUGACUGCUUCCAUGUGUUACGCAAGGGAGAUCCUGCAUUUGUACCUUCAACUAUAUUUCUCAAGCAAGGACUUGCGUCAUUUGUGACAUUUGUAGUUACUCACUUUAAUGACCCAAGGAUAUCAAGUGCCGAUCUAAAAGAUCUGCUUCUUCAGUCCAUAUCUGUUCUUGUUCAGUACAAAGAAUAUUUGGUCACUUUUGAGAGUAACGAGGCAGCUACACAAAAGUUGCCAAAGUCGUUGCUAUUAGCAUUUGAUAACAGAUCCUGGAUUCCCGUGACGAACAUUCUUCUGCGACUAUGCAAAGGUUCUGGCUUUGGUUCUUCAAAGUAUGGAGAAUCAUCAUCGUCAUCCAUCACAUUUCAGAUACUACUACGAGAGGCAUGUGUCACAGAUGAAGGGCUGUUCUCACCUUUUCUUAAUCGUUUAUUCAAUACUCUUAGCUGGACUAUGACUGAAUUCUCAGUUUCAAUUCGAGAAAUGCAAGAAAAAUACCAGGUACUAGAUUCUCAUCAAAGAAAAUGCAAUGUCAUAUUUGAUCUUUCAUGCAAUCUGGCAAGGGUUUUGGAAUUUUUUACACGGGAAAUCCCUCAAGCAUUCCUGUUAGGAUCUGAUACAAAUCUCAGAAGGUUGACUGAGUUGGUACUUUUUGUGCUGAACCAUGUAACUUCAGCAGCAGAUGCUGAAUUCUUUGACUUGUCUCUUAGACGUACUGGCCAAUCUCUAGAGAAAGUAAACAGAGGCAUGAUAUUGGCUCCUCUUGUCGGUAUCAUUUUGAAUCUGUGGGAUGCUAGUGCUGAGCUGAAGUACAAAGAAUACAAUGACAUUGUUGGUAUUUUCGCUAGCAUGGAAUGUCUAAAUACUGUAAACUGUGGAUUUCGGCUUCUGUUGGAUUACAACUGGGCUGGUUCCUUUAGAGGGGAUGGUUAUGUUGCACAACUUGAACGGCUGGAGAACUUUUUAAGCCUUCUUCUUUAUAGGAUGGAGUCUUUAGCUCUUGAUAAUUCCGCAUUUGAUGAUCAAACAGAUGCUAGUGACAGCAUAUGCUGCAUCUGUUAUGCAAGUGUAGCUGAUGCAUGUUUUAAACCCUGCUCUCACCAAUCGUGCUAUGGUUGUAUUUCCAGGCAUCUUUUGAAUUGUGAGAGAUGUUUCUUUUGCAACGCAGCAGUGGAGGACGUUAUCAGAGCUGUUACUAAUUAGACAUUUUAGUAAGUAUUUAUGUUCCACACUAAUGAAAAAUGAAAAUAAGACGGCACCAAUUUUGGUGGUGCAGACCUAGCAACCAAUGAACUUAAUAGGCGCAAUCAUUGUGCUGAUACAAAUGAGGUCCUAUCAGAGGAGGCAAUUAUUUUAUUAAUUAUUAUUACUUUUGGUACUUUUCUUUUUAGGGAGGGGGGUCGGAAUAGAAGAUAGUUUGAAUCAAAUUUAAACAUGUAGCUAUAUAGUUGUAUAGGUGUACAAAUUGGGUUAUAUGUCAAAGCAUAUCCUGGUUAGGGAAUUUUGUAGUAAGUUUGAGGGGGAAUAUUCUGUAUAUAUGAGAUGUAAAUACCAAGGAAAGUACUUGAUGACUCCCCUUUUCCUCUCUAUCACUUUCUCUGACUUAGUGAAUCACUAUAUUUUUUUUAAUCAUAGCAUAAUUAUCCGUGGAGAUCCAUAGCUCAAAUGGAGCUACUCUCUUCGGGUUUCUCAAAGGGAUUUGACUAUAGCCUACAGCAUUCCUCUGAUAAUCAGUGAAGAAUUUUAAAAUGAGAGUAGGCGGAAGAAGGCUAGCUAGCCACCAUCAAAAUCUCAUUCUGGUUCAAGAGCUAAAAGAUAGAAUUAUGGAGCUGAAAGUGGCAUUUUCAACAAAGUACAUCUACAAAAAGGAAGGUUUGGCUGUGGGAACAGAUUGCUUCUCUUCCGCUGCUUGCAUGAAUUAAAGUUUGGUUCUAAGGAGGGUUGCGGUGCUCGUGCUCGUGCUCGUGCUCUUCCUUGUUGAUCUCAACUUCAAUGUAGAGAUGGAAGUUUUACAGUCAUAAUGUCUCCAUGAUAAAAAGAUCCAAUUUUGGACAUUGAUCUUUGGAUGAAAAGGAAGUCUUGUGAGAAACUGAGCAAGUGUGGCUCUCGGAUGCAUACAAAGUGAGUUCUCUUUGAGAUCCCAGUGUAAAUAUGUUUCAUAAGCAGUAAAAGCUAUCUGCCGUGCACCAUUAUAGCGAGUGCAAAAUAUUUCCUUCAUUUGGAAUCCGGUUGUCUCCCCCUUAUAAAAUAGGGAACUCAUGUUUUAAUGAUUAUUCAAGUGAAGUUAGAGCUAUAUGCUCUGAUUAUUUAGCUUUAAA